CGAUAAAGUUUUAGAUGUCUGGACCGAUACAGAGCAGAAAAUGGAACACAUAACAGCAAGCGAAGUUGCAGGCUUUGGAGUUGGUACUUUGUUACUGUGUGCUACAAUCGCUGCCCCCAAAGUUGAUGCUUUCAUUUCUGCUUCACAAAGAAGUUCGUUGGGCUUGUGCAAGAGAUGUGGUGGUCUACAGGUGAUAACAUGCUUGAGAUGCAGAGGAACUGGAUUAAUCAAAGCAAAUGGACCGUUCGGUUUUAACCUUAUCGAUAAUUUGAAUCAGUCCGAGGAAUUUAAGGUAAAAUCUGUUGGAUGUACAAAAUGUCAAGCUAGAGGUUACUUCAGCUGUCCUGAUUGCUCUAAUACAUCUACUAGUUGGUUCCUGAUCGUGCCAUGGAAGACAUUUUUACUCUUGUGCUCAUGUUUAGCAUAUGAUCAUUACCUUUCUUUCAAAAGCCAUUGUAUGUACACUGGAUUUUGCAAACCAACUUGUGGAUGA